AUGUCUGCCGCCGAUACCCAAAACCUUACCCACCAGGAGCCGCGCCCCGAGGCCGACGAUGACAAUGACUCCAUUGCUACCGUCGAGAAGCUCACCGGCAAUGAAACGAGCGAGGAAAUCGCCAAACGGCUCUCGGCGAUUAUCGAUAACUCUCUGGAGCGUGUCCAGCCAUUGCUCAACCUCAUGAAGGAGGCGCUCGACAAAGCGCAACGCGACAAGGAAGCCGACUGCCUCAACGAGGAAGAGCUCGUGAAGCGGGUGCGGCCCUUGAUCGAAGAAGCGACGAUCAUUCUCCGGGAAACGCACGGGGCGAUCAAAGCGCUGGACCCGGACGGCACGAUCGCUAACAACGCGACUCGCAAGGCGGCGUACAAGGAGGGCUCGGAGGAGGAGCAGCACUUGGCCGAGUCGCUCGCCAAGCUGACGGGUGAAGUCACCCAGGCUAUCGAGAACUGCAAGGACAAGAUCAAGGAUAUGCCGAAUGUCAAGAAGGAUCUCGGCCCCCUCCUGGAUCUGCUCACGGACCCGCUGUUCCAGAUCGUUAGUGGCGUGGGAAUGCUGCUGAACGGUGUGCUUACUUUGCUCGCGAAUCUGCUCGACGGUCUUGGUCUCGGCGGUAUCUUCAGGAACCUCCUCAGCGGAUUGGGGCUGGAGAAGAUCCUCAAGGGACUGGGCCUCACCGGCCUCUUUCCGAAGGAGACUCCCAAGGACAAGAAGGAUAAGAAAUAA